AUGCCGAUAUCUCCACUUCGAGUAUGGGAGAAGCUCCAAUAUACGGCUCAAUGGGGCCGCUUGGAAAUGGGCGAGCACGUCGGGCUCUGCCGUGAAUCGCUAACCGAUAGUGAUCGUGAGGUACGGGACUGGUUCGUGGAGGAGGCCAAGGAUAUAGGGUGCGAGGUAAAAGUGGACAAGAUGGGGAACAUAUUCGCUAUUCUUCCCGGUCGUAAUAACAAACUUGCACCUAUCGGUAUGGGUAGUCACCUUGACUCGCAACCCGCCGGCGGACGCUUUGACGGGGCCUUAGGCGUUAUCGCCGCCCUACAAGUUCUACGAGCGGUUAAGGAAUCGGGUGUCCUGACGAACGCGCCGCUGGCUGCUAUCAACUGGACAAAUGAAGAGGGAUCUCGCUUUCCCAGAAUGUGCACCGGCUCAGGGGUGUGGUCCGGCGCUGAAGAUGUUGCGAGCAGCCAUGCCCUGACCGAUCUGGCAAAUCCAUCUAUAACACUAGGUAGCGAGCUCAAGCGCAUCGGUUACCUUGGCACUACUCCAUGCUCCUACCGCGAAAACCCGCUUUCGGCGCACUUUGAGCUGCAUAUAGAGCAGGGGCCGCGGCUAGAGAAAUCACGACAGAAACUCGCCGUCGUAUCUGGUGUGCAAGGCAUGCGCGCAUAUGAGGUUCGUUGCCAGGGUUCCGGGGGUCAUGCUGGUGCUGUGCCUAUGUCUCAGCGUGCUGAUGCGCUCGCGGCCCUGGCUACCUUUGUGGUGAAGGUGGAGGAGCUGGCCCGUCGGGAGGAUGCUUUUGGCACCGUAGGCGUCAUCGAGACCGACACAAGCAGUCCGAAUACGGUUCCCGGUCGUGCAUUUUGCACCCUAGACCUACGGCACCACGACGAAGAGACCCUGGACACAAUAGAGAAAGAACUGAAUGCGCAUCUAUCGGGGCUGGAACGGGAUAGACCGGGCAUCACCGUAUCCAUGAUAAAGACCCGGCAUAAAGAGAGCAUCGAGUUCGAUCCAGAGGCAAGCCUAUGUUUACAGCGAGCCAUGAUGAGUACUGUUAACGAGUCUCUGGUGUCUAAACUAGAGAGCUACGCUGGGCAUGACAGCGCGGAAACGGCGCUCGUGAUACCGACGACCAUGUUGUUCAUCCCAUCUAAGAACGGGAUUAGUCAUAAUCCAGCGGAGUUCAGCUUCGAGGAAGAUUGUGAGAUCGGCGCUCAGACACUUCUUCAGGCGGUGAUAAACUACGAUGCGUUCCUUGAGGGGCGAAUAGCGAAUAACAUAACUCGGGUAUAUGAUGUUUCUUAA